UCAUUGUCAAUAUCAAUGUCAAAAAAUAAGAUUUUUUACCUUUUACUUGUAUUGUUAUUUGAAAAUCAAAAUAAACAAUGAAAUAGAAUUGAAAUUCAUUUGAUAAGUCACAUAUUUUAAUAUAUAUUAAAGGAUGAUAAUGAGAAUUUUGCUAACGUCAUUUGUCCAAGUCUAUUUCAUUUUUUACUAAUAAUAAUGGACUCUGAAAGCACCGUCCUGGCUAAAAUGAUUUCCGACAAUGUAAUUGACCCUACCGGCUUCGAUGUAACUGUAAGUGCUCUCUUGGUUGGAUUAGGAGCCGAGGAGUACUUACCUAUUUUCAGGAAACAUAACAUUGGGCAAUGUACCUUAAUGGAGUUAAAUGAUGAAGACUUGAUGAAAUUAGGAGUAGACAACAAAAUUAUAAGAGACAAACUCUUAAGUGAAGUUAAAAACUUACCAAUAUAUCAAGAAACAGUUCUCCAAACUUCAAAUAAUUCUUUACUCUUGGGCCCUUUAGAGAUAAUUGAUAUUUUGGAAGAGAGUUCUCAGCACUUGUAUCGGAUAUACCUGAGUAUGAUGGCCAACUCAAUAGCACUCAAGAAAUCUAAGAAAGUUACAGAUUGUUUAUUACACCAAGACAAAUAUGCCUCUGAUGUGUGCCUCACUACCCUUAGUCACAUGACUAAUAUUUUAAAUUCAAUGGAUAUAGCAUUGCAUACAAAAUUCAAGGUGUUAACCUCAACGUCAAACAGUAACAGAAAAAAGAAGAUAGUAGUUGGGACCGUAGGCAGUGCUGUGAUUAUAGUGUUAUCUGUGUUAUUUGUCCGUUCAUUGAAGCAAAUCUAAGUUCCUAAAGACAUUUAUAAAAAUGUUAUUAGAAUGUUCUGUAAAGUUUUUAAAUAGUUUAAGAUGCCAUUAAAUAUGAAAACAUAUUGAUGUUAAAAAAAAAACAAUAAAUACCUCGAAAUUCUUGAAUUUUCAUUGA